GGAUGCUGGUGUCGCUGCCGCCCUGGGCGCGCGGCGCCGUGCUCGCGGCCGGCCUCGUGUGCCUGGUGCUGGGCAUGUCCAUCCUCACCUGGCUGCUGCGGCCGGGACUCAUCUCCAGGAUCUGCUGCCGCCGGAGGCGUCGUAACUCAGAGAACGUGACGCCACCGUUGGGCAGGCCCAAGCACAGCAUCGACGAGGAGCUGCAACUGGAGAACGUGACGUAUCGGUCCUGGGCGCGCGGCUCCCUGUACGACACGAACCUGUCCGGGGAUGGCGACGCGGACGGCCUGUCGCACGGCUCGCACCGGGACUCGACCUACAGCUCCAUGUCGGACGGCACGGACACCAGCUCCAUCCUGAGCUACGCCAGCGGGGUGCUCGCCGCCGACCAGGUUGACCGUGCCCCGGCGCAGGCCCCGGGUCCUGGCUGCGCCCUGGGCGGGCCGCCCUGCGUGGUGCUCGUGGUGCAGUACCUCGGCAACGACGGCGCGGGCUCGGCGGUGGGGCGGCUGGCCAUCACGGUGCUGGAGGCGCGGGGGCUGCCGCCCAGGGACUACGGCUCCAGCCCGGACCCCGCGGUGCAGCUGGGCCUGGCGCCGCGCCGCCGCCUGUGGCGCUGGCCCGCGAUCCUGCACCCCCGCGUCCCGGCUCUAGGCCCGACGCCCCGCCCGGGGCAGCUGCACCAGCUGCGCACGCGCGCCGUGCGCCACUCGCGACAGCCCCGCUACAACGAGGACUUCGCCGUGGAGGCGCGGCGGGCCGACGUCCGCGACUGGGUGCUGCAGGUGGCCGUGGUGGACGACUGCCGGCUGCGCGGCGCCUCGGAGCUGUGCCGCGGCGAGGUGCUUCUCAAACAGGUGCUGGACGAGCCCGUGCAGCUGACCGUGCCGCUCGCGCCCCGCCCCGAGGAGCGCGCCAUGCUGCUGUUCGGCCUGAGCUACCUGCCCACGGCGCAGCGCCUCAACGUGAGCGUCAUCAAGGCCACCCGCGUGCGCCUGGAGCACGUGGUGCCCGGGCCGCAGCACUUCCGUCCCUACGUGCGCGCCACGCUGGUGCACGUGGGCAGUGGCCGGCGCGUGGACUCGGCCCGCACCGACCCGCAGGCGCCGUCGCCCAACCCGGAGUUCUGCGAGACGCUGUCGCUGAAGCUCACCCCCGCCCAGCUCGGCACGCUCUCCCUGGUCGUGGCGCUGUGCCAUAGGCUACCGCAGGAUGGCGACGAGAGGGUACCAGGGGGCCGGCGUCCCCGAGACCGCGUGGUCGGCGCCGUGGCCAUUGGCAGCAGGGUGACCAGCGACCGGGGCCGCGAGCACUGGAGAGCCAUCGAGCAGCGACCGCGGCGGGUCGUCUCCAUCUGGCACACGCUCGCGUGACCUGCGCGUGACCUGCGCGUGACCUGCGCGUGACCUGCGCGUGACCGGCACGUCGAUUUCUCACAUCUUACGUCCGUUCCCGCCAAGUCCCGACUUCACAAUCAUUGGAGUGAAGGGGAAGGGAAUGACCACGCUGAGUAAAUAAGGUGUUGACUAGAGUGCAUAAGUUACCUCUGAGACUGUUUUGUGACUAUCUACUGAUAUUAGAUGUGGAAUAUCCAGGAUAUCUUUUAAGAUAACCAACGGAUAACGAAGACUUGUUCAUUGAAAUUAUUAUUCUUUUGACCCGCUGCAGUACAAAAGACAUAAUUUGUUUACGAUGUUAUGAUGUUAAUAGUUUCUUGUUAUUUAUUGUGACUUUUUGUCUGUGACUUAUUUGCUUAUUGAUUUUUGUUUUUUCAUGAAAUAUUUUUGAAGUGUUUGUGUUAACUGUUAAAAUAAUAAUGAAAAUAUAGAUUUUUGACUGAUAA